CUUUCCCAUCCAGCAGGCAAAGAUGGCGGAUAUUCAGACCGAGAGAGCCUAUCAGAAGCAGCCGACCAUCUUCCAGAACAAGAAGCGGGUGCUGCAGGGUGAGACCGGCAAGGAGAAGCUCCCACGGUACUACAGGAACGUCGGCCUGGGGUUCAAGACCCCCAGAGAGGCAAUUGAUGGCACCUACAUUGACAAGAAAUGUCCCUUUACUGGCAACGUGUCGAUUCGUGGGCGUAUCCUUUCAGGAGUGGUGACAAAGAUGAAGAUGCAGAGGACAAUAGUGAUCCGCAGAGAUUACCUGCAUUACAUUCGCAAGUACAACCGGUUUGAGAAGCGCCACAAGAACAUGUCUGUGCACCUCUCCCCCUGCUUCAGGGAUGUUCAGAUCGGAGACAUUGUCACAGUCGGAGAAUGUCGUCCCCUUAGUAAAACUGUCCGCUUCAAUGUCCUGAAGGUGACCAAAGCGGCCGGAACCAAGAAACAGUUCCAGAAGUUCUAAGGUUCCUUCCUGUCUGUUCCAAUAAAGCUUCUAAGAGUU